AUGUUUUCGAACGCCCAAAGGAUUUUGGUGCGACGAGCAGCCCUUCGCAAUGGUAGAGCGACACAUACAGUUUUGAGGGAGCGGCCAGUUGUCUUUUCCGUUCGAACGUUUGCUGCUUCGGAGAAGAGCACGAAGGAGGAUGAUGGCUCCGACGAGACCUCGAAAAAGACGGAAGACGGUGGCAGUUUCAAGGAUACCAUUCGCAAAAUGAGAGAGGGAGGAGAAGGAAAGGGUAAAGAAGAUGAUAUGGAAGAGCAAUUCGAUGGAUUCCUGCGGUCAGCGGCUGGAACAUGGAGUUCUUUCAAAGAGGAAGUCUCGCAAACGUGGGCGGAACUAUUGAGGGCUGGUGAAGCCAAGAGCAUCAACAAGAGAAUUAAUCAUCCAGAAGACACUGCAGAAGGAGAAGCAGAAUACACAGGGCCUGUUGAAAUUAUGGUCAUUGAUGAAAGUGAACACUUGACGGCAUGGGAACGUAUGCAAAAGAGAUUGUCGGAAGCACCCAUCAUUUCAGAUAUGCUCGCGAGAGGUGAUGAAAUUUACGAGAAAUCGGGUGCCAGAAAAAUGAAGGAAAAGGCAGACCACUUGAAGGAGGAUGCACAGGAAGCUUGGGAAACGAGUCAGAAUCCAUGGGUCUACCGUGCCAGUUCCAUUUAUGAUACACUGACAGCCGAUUCGCCGGAAUCCGUUGCAGUGGCCGAGCUCCGCGAGUUGGAUCCCGAGUUUACGUUGGACGGGUGGAAACGUGAUGUUGUCGAGCAUACACUACCAAAGAUUAUGGAGUGGUUGCUAAAAGGAAAGACAAACCAACUGAAACCUUGGUUGGGAGAAGGAGUCUUUAAGAGAAUUGCUGCUGAAAACAAAGCUAGACAGCAAGAAGGAGUCCAAAUUGACACUACUGUGCUGGGUAUCAUGAACUCUGAAAUCUUGGCUUGCGAGCGCGACGAGGUCAACAAGGGAUCACCAAUUAUACUGCUGCAUUUCAUGUGUCAACAAAUCAAUUGCGUAAGGAAAAAGAAAGAUGGAGAAAUCGUGGAAGGAUCGGAAGACGAUAUCAAAGCCAAUUCGUAUGUUGCAGCCUUCCAACGAGAAUACAACGAAGCGGAAGGAGAACUGCAAUGGAAGAUUGUCGACUUCCGAUUCAAUGGAGCAAUAGCGUACUUGUAA